AUGAUGGGUGGUGGCGGUGUUCCAUCUCUAACAGACAAACUUACAAAUAUGCAGUACACUGAAGAAGAGAGUCGUGCCAUUGGGAAAGUGACCGAGUCUUACGAUACGUUUGUUACUACACAUGCAUAUACCAGUCGCUCAAUUCGGACUUGCGUCGAGAAUGGCAUCAAAGGAAUUGAGCACGCUAACUUGAUGGAUGAGGAUACUGCACGUCUUGUACCGGAAAAAGCUGUCUACGUGGCACCCACGCUAAUCACGUACAAAGUAAUGAGCUCAGACCAGUUUUCUAGCUUUGUUAGCCUAGGUUCUCAGCAAAAGAAUAUGGCUAUCCUGGAAACAAGGCUCUCUUUCCUAAGUAUGGCCAAAAAACACAACGUCAAGCUGCGUUAUGGUUCAGACUUCCUUGGUGGACCCACUGGUUACCAAACUUCAGACUUCACUCUGAGGGCUCAGGUGUUAUCGGCUGCAGACAUUUUGAGGUCAGCCAAUAUAACACUGGCGGAAGCGCUUGACGUGCACAAUGUUAUUGGCCAGAUAAAGAAGGGCUUUUACUCCGACUUUCUCGUACUUGAAAGCAACCCCUGGAAGAUAUAG